CGAGAAAGCAAAAAACGCGGUAGUGUAUAGUAGUAGUGUGAGGUGUUAGGUGCAGUUGAGUGGAGAGAAGAAUAAUAAUAGCGAGGAAUGGCAUUGGCCCUGGGAUGGCCUUCUCUGCAAUUGCAUCUUCAUUCACACUGCUUCUUCUCAUUCUCAUAUUAUUACUAUUCUUCUUCGUAAAUUUACCAUCUUCUCCUUCUCUCUUCUCCACCUCCACCGCCACCGUCACCACACGCAGGUCUCUUCUAACCACCACGUGUUCCGCUGACGAGGGAUCCAAUGGCGGGAUCCUCAACUACCUAUACAUCCACAAAUGCCUAUUCCGCCGCAACGCCCUCCUCUCCAUCCCCGCCCUCUCGAUGCUCCUCCUCCUCCAAUUCUACAUCCUCAUCAAGACCGCCCAGCACCACUUCUCCGUCGUCACCACCAAGCUUGCCUCUCACCUCAACCUCUCCCCCUCCAUGGCCGCCGUCACCCUCCUAGCACUCGGCAACGGCUCCCCCGACGUCUUCUCCUCCCUCGCCGCCCUCCGCUCCGGCCAGUACCGCACCGGAUUCGGCGCCAUCCUCUCCGCCGGUACCUUCGUCUCCGCCCUCGUUGUCGGAUUCGUCGCCAUCUACGCCGCUCCGUUCUCCCUCGACCCCGCGCCCUUCGUCAGAGACGUGCUCUUCUACUUGACGGCAGCGAUGUUCCUCUUCUACGUGUAUCUUAGCGCCGAGAUCUUCCUGUGGCAGGCGAUUGGAUUCGUAGGGUUUUAUGCAUUCUUCGUUGGUCUCGUGUUCUAUAUGGACUUGGGAGUAGUUGAUGGCAGAGGCAAGAGUGGGAAUUCUUCCACAGAUCUUGAGGAGCAGAAGGAAUUAGUUGCGGUGCACGUUGACUCCGACGCCAAGGUUUCGGGAUCUAUGAACGACGAGAAGCGUAGUUCUGGAUUCCCGGGAGCUUAUGGAUUGAUUUCUAAAGCAUGGGAGAUUCCUGUUGCAACUCUCUUAAAACUGUCGAUCCCCGAGCCAGCGCCGUCGCAAUGGAGCAGACUUUACUCGUCGGCCAACAUCGCUCUUUGUCCGAUAGCCCUCUUAUAUGCCUGCAAAUCAUUUGUGCCAUUUGAUCAUCCCAUAGCUUUCCUCCUCCCCAACACUGACUUGCCCCUCUGGUCAGUGGUGCUCACCACAAGCUUCUGCCUUGCAUGCCUUUAUUUUGUAAUGGAAAAAGAACCUCCCAAAACCGAGCAAAUACCUGUGGUUGUCAUGGCAUUUGUUAUGAGCGUGUUUUGGAUAUCUACCACAGCUGGAGAACUGGUGAACUGCCUUGAAACUUUAGGUCUAGUUCUCAAACUACCACCGGCAAUCCUCGGUCUCACGGUGCUGGCAUGGGGCAAUUCAGUGGGGGAUCUUGUCGCCGAUGUUGCGGUAGCUAAAGCCGGUUAUCCGGCCAUGGCAAUGGCUGGAUGCUUUGCUGGACCAAUGUUUAACAUGCUUGUAGGUCUUGGAACAGCUCUGGUGAUUCAGACGGCAAAUAUUCACCCUAAAGCCUAUGUGCUUAAUUUCCACGUAGGUAUCGUGAUUGCAUUUGUGUUCCUACUUUUAAGCCUUAUGGGGUCUCUCUUAGUGAUCACUUGGUGCAGAUUCCGAGUGCCUAGGUUUUGGGGGUUUUGUCUCGUCGGCCUCUAUGUUGUUUUUGUAGCAGUGAGUAUGAUGGUGGCCAUGUUUUCAGGGUGAUUGUUACUGUUAGCGUCGAUUUAUAUUCAUAAGUAAAUCCAAACCUAAACCACAAGAGGAUGAAAUCAAGUCGGGUAGUAAAUUGACUGUAUUUCUGGAUUUGGUUUCGUAAAAUUUUUAUUUUUCAAAAGGUAAUUUAUAAAGAACUUUUUAAUUUUGAUA